AUGCGUAACACGUUACUAAGCAACCGUUAAAUAAAAACAAAAGAUACAAAAAUGUCAUUCAGAGACGUACGAAAUUUUCUUGAAAUGAUGCGAGCUUUAGGCUACCCAUCAUUAAUUUCAAUGGAAAGUUUUCGCACACCUAAUUUUCCUCUUGUUGCUGAUUUAUUGGUUUGGUUAUCAAAACGUUUCGACCCCGACGUCGAUAUACCAUCAGAGAUUGAUACUGAAGAUGAUCGAGUAAACCUGAUUCGAAACGCGGCACAAUUUAUGGCCCUCAAAGCCAACAUCAGGUUGAAUACAAAAAGGUUGUAUCAAGCUGAUGGUUACGCUGUCAAAGAAUUGUUAAAAAUAACCUCCCUCUUGUAUGAAGCUUUGAAUAUGAAUUUGGAAGAUAAGGAAGAUGAACAUUUUGAAGAAGAAAUGUUAAGUUUGAAAGAUUUUGAUUUAACUGAUAAGAUAAACGAAUUAAAAUUGUCGAGACAAUUGGCAAGUGAAAUAACAACUACGGGUGCCACACUUUUCGAUUUGUUGGGUAAAGAAGUGGAAUUGAGGGCCGCGAGACACAAAAGUGUUGGCCGCCAAUACGAACUCAACGAAGUCGAAUCCGGAAUUAAAAAAGCAAUAGAAGCCCUUAAAACCGAAAUUGAUGAAAGUAGGCAACUCAUCGAUAAUGUCUCCGCAACUGAAGCGAGCUUGGACAACAAAAUCGAACGCAGAAAAGUCGAAAUUGACCGUUACGAGAAACGCCUCCAAACGUUAAAAAAAGUCAGACCGGCCUUUAUGGAAGAGUUUACCGCUCUUGAGGCCGAACUCGAACAAUUGUUUGUCCAAUACUCCACCAGAGUGCGCAUUCUGAACCAACUAGAACGGCUAGUAACCGAAACAGAGCGCCAACAAUUAGAAAAACAACUCCAAAUGGUUUCGCCUAGAAUCGAAACUAUUCCGUUGGAGGGCGGAACUGAGGCAUUUUUGGAGUUGGAAGAGAGCGAGACGAGACAAAAACAAGAAAGGCCAAGGGCGAGCACUGGGGGGAGGUCGAGAACUGCAAAAACGGCUAAAGUUUAUGGUGGAAUGCAACCACCGAUGUCAGCAACGCCGUCUUUGAGCUCGGAUUCGGAAGAUGACGAACUGUUUAUUGAUAAAGACGAGUCGGAGUUGAUUCAAUCGGAUGAUGAGUCCUUGGGGUUGGAAUUGUCGGGGAUGGAGAUGGCUAAAAGAGUACAAUCGGGAAAACCGGCUGGAAAUAAAUUGAACGAUAACAGCGAUGAUGAUUUUUAAAUUUUAAAACGUGUAUUAAAA